AGUCAACAUUCGACUCAAGAAACAGUCGUUAACUGGACACGGCUGAUGAUUUACCUCCCUGUAAGGCACUGAAAAAUAAGGUUGUUCCUCUGUUGCCAGGCGGCGCUUUUUACGAUGGCGAUUUUGCAGCAUUGCUGCUGCGGUUGCUGUUCGCUCCGGGUAGGCUGCUACUGGAUCGCCAGUACCUGGAUGACUAUGCAGAUCGCUGGCAUCGCCUCCGCUGCCAAAAACAUCGUUAGCACCACGGACGGGGCCGUGCCGGUCUCUGAUGCUGUAAACAUCGCCAUCUACUCUGUGGGCAUCAUCAUCGAUAUUUUGCUGUUUAUUGGCGUGAUGAAGGAAAAGAAGGAGCUGCUCCUGUCCUGGGUGAUUUUCUCCGUAUGCUGCACGCUUGCAUCACUCGGUGUGGCCAUCUACGUAACCGUGGUCUGGCUGGGGGUCAUCCACGCAUCAGGUGAUGCCAGCGAGCUCGCUGCGUUGCUGAUCGGCCCCUUUCUGGCCGGCGCAUGGAUCAUCUGGGGAUUUGUUGCCCUCAUUACGGCGUACGGCUGCCUUGUGGUGUACUCCCACUACCAGAACCUGCGUGACGGAGUGGUGGAGGGCGGGCAGCCGGGGAUGGUGAUGACCGUACAGGCGCCCCAGCCAGGCCUGGCACCCGGAGCUGCGGUCAGUUUUACAUCUUUGUAGAUAUAUUACAAGUGCAGUCUCAGUGGUGAGGCCCGUUCCCAUGGCAACAGCAGGUCAUUGAUGACGUCAUAUGGUUUAAAAUGAAUGUCAUUCCAAAUGAUUUCAUGGAAAAGAGAACGAUUUGAAA